AUUUUCAUUCGCAGUUUCUCUGCAGCAUACAACUCUUACCUCAAGAUCAGCAAACCACAACACCGUCGCCUGUCAAUAAUGCAAGCGCAAGAAAUUCUCCAACACGAGUCUAAGUUUCAACUCAAAUAUGGCAGAAAACUGAACGCCGCAGAAAUUUCUACCAAUAACUCUGACUCAAACAAGUCUUCCGAUGACCAGGUGUCACGCCUUGAUAACGCAAGCAACAGCACGCAUGCGUCCGUCGCUGUUGCAAAGAAAUCCAAUAAACAACAGUAUAACAAUCCUAAGCCUGGUUACCUCAAAGGAGUAAAGCUUCACGGAGAUCAGAGAGAAAUUAUCCUUGCCGGUGUGAAACAAGAAAUAAUUUUCGAAAAACAAGCUGCGCCAAGCCAAGAUCGUCUUGUAGGACCAAAUCUGUCGGCUGAAAGAGGUUACAACGAAGAAAGCAAAAUAAAGAACGAAAGCGAGAAGGGAAACGAAAUCCAGGAACAUUCAAUUGAUGUUUUGCCUCGACCGACUCGGCCAUCACCCGAGGCCGGUUUCAAUCACCCGACGCCCGAAACCCGACUAAACCCAAAGCAAGAAGAAUCCCUGAAGAGACAAAAGGAAAAGGAACAAACGGAAAACCACGAGCGAGAAAAAAAGAAAUUUCUAAAAGAACUGGAGGACCAACAACGUCAAAAAAUGAUCACAGAAUAUCUUCAGCACGUUUAUUCACAAUAUGGCCGAUCACAGCCCUCGCCUCGUGCUGGGAACAAACCAGAGCUCAAUCCGCGCACCUAUAAAGUAUCCAAACGAGGGCGCGUUUAUUCGGUGACCACUCGUCCCGCGGAGAAACCGGGCUCCGACGCACCGCGGGUCAUCACCAGGCCAACGCCCAUUCUUCACCAGGCCGCCAAAGGCGCGCAAGGGGAUAAAAAAAUCGUUUUCAAAACUCAGUCGGGAGUGAAAGCUACUAAUGGUGUGAGGUUUGUUAAUGACUGGAACAACAGCGUGUUUACAGAAUACAUAAACAGCUCCGACGUCGACACAACCGACGGGAAGGAAAAAGACAAACUUCAGGUACUGUAA